AUGGCGCCGCUCGGCCAUGCUGCCAGCGUUCCCAACGUUCCCGGACGCAAGGUCGAAGACCCACAGAUCCUCAACUUCCUUCGUGAUCAUGUUCGCGACCUCUGUCGUCUCAACCACGCCCGUUUCCCAGGCGCCCAGCCGGUCUCGUUCGAGAAGUCAUCCAUCGACCUCCUGCAGUCCGAGGACUACUGGGUCUGCGAAAAGUCGGAUGGGCAACGAGUUCUGAUCCUCAUUGUCAUUCCUUCGUCUACUGGUGUCCAGGAAGUUUUCAUGAUCGACCGCAAGAACGACUACUACAAGGUGGAGGGCGUCGUCUUUCCGCAUCACAUGCCCAAGGAUCCAGAAGUGGCCCGCGUCAAUGGCAUGCGCAACCAUACGCUCAUGGACGGAGAGCUGGUCCUCGAUACGGAUGCCAGUGGCAAGCAGAAACUCGUGCUGCUGCUCUUCGAUCUGAUCGUGCUGGACCGUGAGCUUCUCGCCAAUCGACCGCUCAGCAAGCGAUACGGUCGACUGAAGAGCUUCGUCUAUCCUCCCUACGUCGAUUACCUCAAACGCAACCCAGCAGCAGCAGCUCGACGCCCUUUUGAUGUGCUGGUCAAAAAGAUGGACUUGGCCUACGGCAUUCAGAUGGUACUCUACGAGACCGUGCCCAACCUGCUGCACGGUAACGACGGUCUCAUCUUCACCUGCCUCAACAGCGGCUACGUGAUGGGCACCGAUCCCAAGAUUCUCAAGUGGAAGCCGCCAAACGAGAACACGAUCGACUUCAAACUCGUCAUGCGCUUCCCACCAGAUCUGGAACGCGACCCCCGCGGCAACCUUCCGAAUCUGUCCGUCAUGCCAUUCUUCGAGCUGCAUCAAUAUCUUGGCGGCUCCGGAGACGAAGACUACGAGUUCUUCGACGAGCUGUGGGUGGAGCCAGAAGAGUGGAGGCAGAUGGUCGAAUCCGGCGAGCAGUUCGAUGACCGCAUCGUCGAAUGUGUAUGGACGGUUGAUACGCAACCUGCGACGGAACCUUACCUCUCGCAGGGACUUUCCCUGCCGCCACGAUGGAGGAUGAUGCGUAUUCGAGACGACAAGCAUCACGGCAACCAUCGAUCGAUCGUCGAAAAGAUCCUCAAGUCGAUCCGAGAUGGCGUCGAAGCCGACGAGCUCGUCACAGCGGCCCCUGCUAUCCGUGCAGCUUGGAAGACGGCAGAGAGGGAGAAACGACGACAAGAGGCAGGACAGGCACCAGCGCCCACUUCAGCAUCGUCUCUUCCGGCCUCUAAUCGACAGCCUGGUCCUACCCAGACCAACGGGUCAAGGUCAUACGACCCAUCUUUGCCAUUCGGUGGCAUGGCUUACCAAGGCAUCAAAGGCAAAGCGCCGCCGCUCGUCUCGGGUGGUCCUCCUGGUCUGAUUCGGAGGUGA